AAGAUUUUCAAGAAAAUCUUUCAUUUCGUUCUUUGUAUAAGUUGAUCCGGGGAUCCUGUUCGAGUCAGCGUUUCUUGCUUUGCACCUUCAUUCUUGUUUGUUUGCAUUCAAUAUCAAUUUUCAGUAUGGACCAAUCAAAUGUCAAUGCUGGUGCAAUGAAGGAGGCCAGAGAUACGAGUUCUGUGAAGUCAUUGCCGUUGAGUGGCAGUGAUCGCGCCCAAGAUGCUGAGAAGCAGGGGCCACAGCAUGCUUCUGGACUGAAGAGAAAGCUCAAGAGUCGUCAUCUUCAAAUGAUUGCCAUCGGUGGAACAAUCGGUACAGGUCUCUUUAUUGGAUCUGGUGGUGCGAUCGCAAAAUCAGGGCCUGCUGGCGCUUUGAUCGCAUACAUUUUUGUCGGAACAAUUAUUUAUUCAGUUAUGACUUCGCUUGGCGAGAUGGCAACUUACAUGCCUGUCACUGGAGCUUUCACAGCCUACGCCACACGUUUUAUCGACCCUUCUCUUGGAUUUGCGAUGGGAUGGAUCUACUGGUUCUCGUGGGCUAUGACGUUCGCUCUGGAACUAACUGUCACGGGACUUAUCAUUCAGUAUUGGGCACCCGAGCUCUCGAUCGGCAUUUUCAUCGGGGUUUUCUGGGUCGUUAUCACUAUCAUUAACAUGCUGCCUGUCGGAUUCUAUGGAGAGUUUGAGUUUGGUCUUUCGAUGGUUAAGGUUAUCACGGUUUUGGGCUUCAUCAUCUUCGCCAUUUGUAUCGCUUCCGGUGCCGGACAGCAAGGUGUUAUCGGCUUCGACAACUGGAAGAACCCAGGCGCUUUUGCUCCAUACCUCUCGGAGCAAGUCGGUGGAGGAGCUAUGGCGAAGUUCGUUGGCUUUUGGGCUGUCUUGAUCCAAGCUGGUUUCUCGUACCAGGGAACGGAGUUGGUCGGUAUUGCCGCUGGAGAGACCGAGAACCCACGAAAGAACGUCCCAGCCGCCAUCAAGAAGACUUUCUACAGAAUUCUGUUCUUCUUCGUCUGCACGAUCUUCUGCAUUGGUCUCCUGGUCCCAUACACCAACGAAGAUCUGCUUUCCGACAAGUCUGAUGCGAAUGCGUCGCCAUUUGUCAUUGCUGCUAAACUUGCUGGCGUCAAGGUUCUUCCAGGCCUCAUCAACGCCGUCCUCCUCUUUGUCGUCAUCUCAGCCGCAAACUCGAACGUCUACUCCGGAAGCCGUAUCCUCCUCGGUCUUGCCAACGAUGGGUCUGCCCCAGUAUUCCUCAAGCGAACCACCAAAUCCGGAGUACCGUACGCAGCUGUGAUCAUCACCUCGCUCUUCGGCUUCCUCGCUUUCCUGAACUUGUCAAACAACGCUGCCGUUGUCUUCGAUUGGUUCAUGAACAUCACUGCCGUCGCCGGCUUCAUUACAUGGGCAUGCGUCAACGGCUGCCACAUCGCAUUCAUGCGCGCUCUUGCUGCCCGGAACGUAUCCCGCGACACCCUGCCCUACAAGGCGUUCUGGGAGCCCUACUUCGCAUACUACGGACUGUUCUUCAACAUCUUGAUCAUCAUCACGCAAGGCUUCACGUCCUUCCUCCCAUGGAACGUUUCCGAUUUCUUCACAUCAUACGUCAGCGUCAUUUUGUUCGUCGUGUUGUUUGUUGGACAUAAGUUGAUCAUGAGGACUACUUAUGUGCGAUGCAACGAGGUUGAUCUGGAUACCGAUGCCUCGAAAGAUGACGAUGCUACCUGGUCCAUUGAGGAUCCUACUACACUUUGGGGCAAGUUCUGGGCCUGGAUGUGCUGAGUCUGAUUAUCCCAGCGGCGGUUUUUAGCGGAAGUGUCCUGUAAUUUUAGCGUUGAAAAGUUACAUAAUGUAAUGAUAUUGAAAAAUACAGAUUAAUU